AUGUCUGCAACAACAACUACUACAAAAAGUGACAAUGAAAUCCCUUCGGUAAUGAAAGCUGCUCAGCAAAAUAAUUAUGGAGAAGCACGUAACGUACUUACACUUCACGAAGAUGUUCCUGUACCUCAAAAAUUAUCGUCUAAACAAAUUCUUGUUCGAGUUUAUAGUGCUUCAAUUAAUCCAGUCGAUUGGAAAUUAUUAAAUGGAAAUUUAUCUAUUGCUAGUCGUUAUUCAUUUCCUCAUACACCGGGUUGUGAUGUUGCUGGAAUCGUAGUCGAUAUCGGUUCAGCAGUAAAACGUUUUCAAAUUGGAGAUAAAGUGUAUGGAUAUCUAGGAAUUCAUGCUGGCAGUUAUGCUGAAUAUGUUCGAGGAGAUGAAUCACUUUUUGCAUUAAAACCAAAUAACUUAACAAUGGAAGAAGCAGCUGCUGUACCAUUAGGAUGUCAAACAAGUUAUCAAGUAUUAUUUAGUCAAGCUUCACCUCCUGUUAGAACAGGAAGUAAAAUUUUAAUAUGUGGUGGUAGUUCAGCAACUGGUUUAUUUGCUAUUCAAUUGGCUAAAGCAGUGGGUGCUCAAGUUACAGUAACAUGUUCACAAAGAAAUUUUAGUCUUCUGGAAAAACUUGGUUAUAAACUAACACAAACAAAAGAUGAGGAAAAUACUGAUCAACAACAAUUACUUGUUAUUGAUUAUAAUGCGAAAGAUUUUGGACAAGAACUUCAAGGUCAAGAUUAUGAUGUUGUAUAUGAUUGUGUUGGUGGUGAACAACAAUGGAUAUCGGCAAAACAAAUAUUAAAAAACGGUGGUCAAUUUAUUACUAUCGUUGGUGAUGAUAAAAAAUCAGUUUUAUCUUUAAAAUCACUCGUUUCAGCUGGUUUUAGUUUAUUAAAUCGAAAAUUUUGGUCAGUUUUUUCUUCAGCUCAUCAUGGUUAUAUAUGGUAUUUAUUACGUCAAAAUUAUCAAGAACUAGAUGAUAUACGAACUAAUUAUAUAGAAACAAAUAAAGUUAAACCAUUAAUUGAUACUGUAUUUGAUUGGCAAAAGGAUGGAGUUGAAGCAUUGUAUUCACUUUAUGAAAAAUCCAAAAGCGGAAAAGCACAAGGAAAAUUAAUUCUUAAAAUAGCUGAUGAAGAAUAA